AUACUGUCGCGCGACUCUGUGACUGUCUCGGUGGACGCUGUUGUUUACUACCGUGUAUCGGACCCUAUAAUGGCAGAGACUAAUGUGGAAGAUUACAGCCACUCCACCCGUCUCUUGGCCGCCACAACCCUCCGAAAUGUCCUCGGAACGAAGAACUUGGCGGAAAUCUUGAGCGAGCGCGAGUCCAUCUCCCACAACAUGCAGAGCUCCCUAGACGAAGCCACAGAUCCCUGGGGUGUCAAAGUAGAACGAGUUGAAAUCAAGGAUGUCCGCUUGCCCGUGCAACUGCAGCGUGCCAUGGCUGCAGAAGCCGAGGCAGCACGAGAAGCCCGUGCCAAGGUGAUUGCGGCCGAGGGAGAGCAGCGUGCUUCCAGGGCCCUCAAGGAGGCUGCAGAGGUUAUCAACGAGUCCCCAGCUGCCCUCCAGCUUCGUUACUUACAAACACUCAACACCGUCUCGGCAGAAAAGAACUCGACUAUCAUCUUCCCGGUUCCUAUUGACAUUAUCACCCACUACAUGAGGAAUUAGUGGAACGAAUCGCCGGCUUCAGACUGUAUAUGGGAACCGACCUCAAAAUUUUGCUUAUCAAACACAGACACUGACAUGAGUAAAUUGGUUGAAUUUUAAAAAUUAUAUGAUUUAAAAUUUAUCAAACAAGAAUAUGGUUAAGUCAAGAACACAUCUUCCACUGCGCAUUGUUGAAAUAAAUAGUAACAUAUGUGAUUGGAUGUGCUGCAGAAUAAGAUAUUUGUCUCUGUAUAAUAUGUCAGAAGAUUUUUAGUAGUAUUGUUUGGUUCCUGGUGAUAGACACUGUACCUUUAUGAUUUGAAUAGUGCACUUCAUGGAAAAAUAUAUAUCCUAUAGAGUUUUCACCAAACUUUGAUUUGUCUUAUGAAGUAAUUAAUUUGUCUGUUAUUACUUACUUGAAGUCACAUUAUUUUUAAGAAUAAAAUCGUAUAGCUGAAGUUAUUAAGAUAAAGACUCAAACAUAUUAAACCUUCCAUUUAUUUCAUAAAGUGCCUCCCUGUUGACCAUUAAACUCUUAAGAUGUAAUAACAUUAACUUGGGACAAGUUUAAAACAUUGCUUGAACUUGUUAUAAGUUCAGAACAGUAAAAAAGGGGUAAGAUAUUUUUUAUGUAACAGUUACAUUGAAAUAAAAAAAAGAAUUAAAAGCUCAUUUGGUGGCACCAAUGGAGGAAGAUGCAGACAUCUGGGAUAAAAACCACCAAUACUCCAUUAUUACUUUGACUGGUGAAGAAAUUGUUGAUGAUAAUAAAGAGAUGUAUGUAUUGUGUGCACUAUCUUGAAACAGAUUAAUCAACAUGAUGUACGGAAAUUUCUUUAUUAAAUGUUCAGAUAUGCCAUGAGGUAAAAAUCAUAAAGACAAAUUUAUAUUUUUGGGGUUGAAAACUGAUGAUAGCUAAGUAUAUAUACAUAUAGUAAUCAUAUGUUUCCAUGUGUUGUGCAGGUGUGAAUAAGCAUACUCUCAUGAUGGGGAGUGGGUAUUUGCUUGUCACUUUCAUAAUGUUGGAAUUUCAUCCAAGCUUAGGAGUGAUAGUGUUAUUUAACAUUAUAUAUGACAUGCUGCCUACUCUCCUGUGUGAUCUUUUUUAUUUUCUUUCUUAUUAUGAUUUUGGGAACUUUCUCUAUAUAAUCUACAGGAAAAAUACAUGUCCCAAACAGUGAUAUGUAUCAUAUACUAUGUAAUUAAUGUCAAGCUGUGUAACAGUGUCUGUUGAAUAGAAACUGAAUUAGUCAUUGAUUUAUAACAGUCUGAAGACAUGUGUACCAGGUUUAUGAUGUUAAUGGGAGGUCCUUUUAAAACUGAGUGGAAAGCAGCAUUCUGAAACAGAUGUUGAGUGAUAAGUGGAAAAAGAAAGUUUGGUUUCUGUUAUAAAACAGUUUGACCCAUCUUAUUUGUAAAAAAAAAUAUGUAGAUAUGAGAAUAACAAAGAGUUAGUUUGCUUGUUUUAAAAUAGAUAUGUAAUUAAAAUUGUGAUACUUACAAUAGCUUCUUAAAAGCAUUAUAGAAUGUUUUCCAUUUAUCAUUCAUUUUAAUUAACACAAAUCUGUAUACAGUUUAGUUUUCACAGGUGUUACAAUGUUCAGGAAAUAUGAGAUACUAUUUAGUUUUUUAAAUAUAGCUUUCAUUUAACAAACAAGGUAGAAAAAGCUGCAUAAGACCUGAUGGUAACGAGUUGUUUUGUGUUGGAGCAACAAUAGAUGGAAAGGAAAAUAGAUUGAUAUUGCAUGGAAUUUCAAACAUACAAAAUUGAUAUUCCAAAAUUGCAGCCAGUCUUUAUAGAACGGGAAUAAAUAUUUCAUAUAUUAUUCUUUCAUGUAAAAUAUUACAGUUUAUAUUUCCUGAGAAUGUAGAAGUUAAGCCCAAUCCUGUGUAGAUUUUUCAUUAAAUUGGCCAUCCAAAAUAUUAGUGAAAUGAGUAUUCAGUAUGCCAGUUAGAUUCAGAGAUCGGUACUUAUCCAGAACUCUAGAUAUAUCUCCCAGUUGAUUAUAUAGUUGAUAAACUUUUAUUGAAUAUAUUAUAUUUAGUUUAAGGAUUAUUAUGAUUAUCAUUGUAUGAUUUACAUUGUAGCUUUGAAUAGGAUAGGUUAUUAUAAGUACAUGAUUAAUUUAUGAUGUAUCUUCAUGCCAAAGGAAUGAACUGUUGAAAAAGGUUUUCUACACAUUACUAUGUACACUGGAUAUAGUCUCUCAUAAUUCUCAUAUCUUGUUCUCUUUCCUGUUUUCAACUUUGAAGUUACUGAACAUUAUAUGGACAUAUGAAAGACUAUUGGAUUGUUUCUCUUCCAACAAAUGUAUAAAGUGGGUGCAUGUUGUGAAAGAGCAAAGAUGUUAAGUCAUUGGGCCAUGUUGAGAUAUGAAGACAUAUUAUUCGCAGAGGCCAUUCUUUUAAUACUUAACAUAGCUGGGAGCAUGGACAAAGUUUUGACUACAAGAUAUGAUUCAGGAGCUUGAACUAAACAAUAUAGUCUUUAGAUUCUAUGCAUAUAUCAUACGUGAAUCAUUUAUCUUAGUGAAUUCUGUUUAGAAUCUUUUUCCAACAGUACAUGCUUUGUGAACAUUUAGAUGCAUCAUAAACACAAGAUUUUAUCAUUUUUAUGAAAGUUUGGUCUGUAUGAUUUUAGCUGAUUGCACUCUCUAUCCUUUUGAUUUUAUUUCUACCCAUAAGAGAUAUUUUAUGGAAGUUAGAUAUACAAGAGAAUAUUGAAGUUUAGGACUUAUCUUGUUCCAUAUUUUGUCUUUGUAAUCUUAGAGAGUAAAGUACACAAAAUGAACUAAAUAUUGUCUUUAGAAUAGAUUUAAAACCUUUAUAUUCUCCAAACAAAUUCAAUUUUCCAUUUCUUGUGUGCUACUUGGAGAUAAAACAAAGUAUUUUACUCUGUAAAGGAAGUUUGAAAGAACAUAUCUUCACAACUGUAUAUAGCAUAUUUGUAAUUGCAAAAAAAUGCACCCCCAAAAUAUUAGAUCAAAAGCUCGGAUGACUUAUAUUUCUCUCUUUGAAUACAUUGGCUUCUGUUUGUCAUCUUAAAUGUGUUUGAAUACAGUGGUACUUACAGUCUGCACUUAUGUAUUACUGAUUUGCAGGUAUAUGAGAGUAAUUACAUACCAAGGUUAUAAAGUUUUCUGAUUUCAACCUAAAUAAUAUUGCCAGACAAUGACCCAUUCUUUCGGAAAAAGAGUGUGUAUCUUUGGGUAUUUGAUCCAACAGUGACAAAAAAUAUAUAUAUAUACAUUAUCACAGUUACUUAUAAUACUGAUACCCAGAACUUGAAUGUAGACUAACACCAUUGAGUAUUCUUCAUGUAGAUUUUGAAUAACUUCAGAAAAACCACUCAAUUUACAUAAGCGCAAAAAUACAUUUGUAAAGAAAAAUAUUAAAAUACCAAUUUAUGCACAGGAAUGGUUUUUCUGGGGUAACAUGCUUAUUUGUAUGUUACCAUCCAUUAAUGUUAAAUCAUGUUUCUUUUAUACAGAAUAAGAAUAAAUUUUACUUCAUCAAA